AUGGGUAAGGCCCAGAAGAGUAAUAGGAGACCAAAUGGUACUUCCAUUGAAAUAUCAGGUGCCCUUGGAUCUGGGACAUCUAGAUUGAAAAAAAAAAUUAGAGAUAUUGAACGAUUGUUGAAAAAAAAUAACUUGCCAGCUGACGUUAGAAAUGAGAAUGAAAGAGGGUUAAAGGCGUUAAGAGUAGAAUUGGAGCAUAGUCAAGUUAGCUCUAAGGCCAAGAAAACGGCCAAAAAGUAUCACAUGGUACGAUUCUUUGAAAAGAAAAAGGUAGUUCGCAGGUUGAAACAAGCUAAGAAGAAUUUGGAUGAAGUGUCGAAGACAGAAGUCCGGAAAGACAUAAAAAAGGCACGAAAAGCUGUGAAGCAAUAUGAAAUCGACUUGGCAUAUGUAUUAUUGUAUCCCAAAACUGAAAAGUAUAUAUCACUUUAUCCAAAUGCUAAAGAUGAAGAUGAAAUAGAUUUGUCGAAUGAAAAAGUCAAGAAAGGCAUUCAAGAAACCGAGCAACGGAAAAGAGCUUUUAGGAAAGAAAUGGAGACAUUAAUAGACAACGGAGAGCUUCCUGUGUCCAUUGAUGAUAUUCUCGAAGGCAAGGCAGUCAAAUUCGAUAAUAAGGUUAAGUAUCACCCAACUCAAGAGAUAGACGCUCCUCAGCAGGAUUCCAGUAAUAUUGAAGAUGACUUUUUUGAGUAA